AGUAGCGGCGUGGUGAGCGACAGCGGUGCGUCAGUCCUACCUACCUACCUAGCUAGCUACCUUCCUACCUAGCUAUCUAGCUAUCUAGCUACUUACUCAGCUACGUAGUUACAUACAUAGCUACUUAGCUAGCCACAACACGAACAGCAGUCGACUGGGGAAGAUCACUGAAGGCGAAUCGCCUCCCGGGACCAUAUACGCCACCCUUCCAUCUGCGAUGCUGCGUGCGACGUUGCCAUGAGGAUGUGAUCAUCCGCAUCUGUCGAAAACAUCGUUGCUCGAAGGACGCGCUCCUACAUGUCGCCAACAGCUGUAUUUCGCCGCGACAUAUAGAACGCGAGCAAGCUCCGCAGAGCUUUCCGAGAGCCACGCACGUGUUGGCUGUCGCCGGCUAGCGGAGAUUCACUAUGACGCCGGUGUCGCGUCACCUCGUGCUCGCAGCGGUCACCGUACUCACGAUGUGCCAGCCCCGAAUAGCGGCGACACCAAGCACGAAUUUAGUCGCAGUUUUGAAGAAUGCUACUGCAGUAGAUCCACACGCCGUGCAAGUGGCAACUGGUUUUGAGCGGUUGGACCGAGUCAUGGAGAACUACGACAACCGACUUUACCCUACCUACGACGAGCACGAUGGCGCGCCCACCUUCGUAAAUUGCUCGUUACACAUCCUCAGUUUCAGCUCGAUAAGUGCAUCGUCGAUGGACUACACGAUUGAUAUCUAUUUGCGCCAGGAGUGGCGCGACGAGCGGCUCCGACACUACAACGAGCGAGGCGAGCUCUACAUUAACGACCAAACAUUCCGCGAUCGUCUCUGGAAGCCCGACCUGUUCUUCACGAACCUUAAGAAGGGACAUUUUCAGGACAUAACGGUCCCGAAUUUCUACCUGCGCAUAAAGCCCAAAACGGGAGACAUCAUUUAUAGCUCGAGGCUAUCGCUGACGCUAUCUUGCUCUAUGCAGUUAUACAGUUAUCCAAUGGACAUCCAGAAUUGUUCAAUGGACAUGGAAAGUUACACGUUCACGACAGAGCAACUUAAGUUCGCGUGGAAGAGCGAGAAGGCCAUACAGCUGAUAGACAACCUGGUGAUGCCACAGUUUAACCUGGACGACACCUAUUCUUACGACUGCACAUCAAAUCUGUCCACGGGAGAGUUUCCGUGUCUACGCGCCGUAUUCAUCUUGCGCAGGCAGUUCGGCUACCACCUGAUCCAGAGCUACCUACCCACAGUGCUCAUCGUCUUCAUGUCGUGGGUCUCCUUCUGGCUGGACGUGGACGCUAUUCCGGCCCGCGUUACCCUGGGAGUGACCACACUGCUGACGAUGACUACGCUAGCCGGGGGAGUCCGGGUUUCUCUGCCGCCAGUGUCUUACAUCAAAGCUAUAGACGUUUGGAUGGGCACAUGCACGAUAUUUGUUUUCGGCGCUCUGUUGGAGUUCACAAUGACCAAUUAUCUCUCCCGCAAGCGUCCCCCACAACGGGCCAUCAAGCCAGGCUUCUGCGGGCUCGGCGCCAAGAUGCGGCACCAAGAUAACGACAAGCUCACCACCACACAGAUGAUUUUCACGGACGGGAACGCGCUGCCCGUUCCUAAGACGUACAAGACGAUCGGCUCCCGGCUGGCCGGUGAAACAGUAAGUGACUGUGUGUGGAGAGAUAACUCGCAGCACAUACCCGACUCGAUGGGCUGGCAAAGCGAGAACAGCGACGGCUGCGAGACGGACUACGCCGCCAGCGCGCUGCCAGUGAUGACCACAGAGGAGCAAACUCAGAAGAUGAUGGACGAGAAGCACAAGAAGAAGGCAAAGGUCCUGGACGACCGCUGUCGAAUUAUCUUCCCGCUCUCCUUCUUCAUCUUCAACAUCAUCUACUGGCCGUCGUAUUUGGUAUUUCUCGUCGAAGAUUACACGAAGCCGCCGCAAGCGUCGUAACCGCGUUCACUACAACAGUACUGGACUCGUCUCUUCUCUUUACCUGCGUGGCUGAGUAUCGGGGAUAAAGAGAGGGAGCAGGAGACGGAGGGAGAGCGAGAGAACGAGAGACUCCCCAUCCAUUGCUGUUGCAUUCCAGCAGGAAAUCUGCAUCACAGCUCAUCAGCGUGGCGUCACUCAUGCCUCGUUCUUUAUACGAUUGUUAUACGAAAUCCACUCAGUGAAGACGACCGCAACGAGACGCCACCGUCAUCUAUUAUCCGUCACCGAUACAUAUAAAUUCGCUGGAUGCAGAUUCCACAUCGACAUGUAACGUUCGACCCUGAACGUGGCGACUUUUGUACUGGCACGAGCCGUGUGAGCGCUAUGUGGUUCUAUGAUGAUCCUCUUUCUGUAUAUUCGCCUGUGUUCUCACCGUGCGAGUAUACCUCCUCGAUACGUGAUACACAGCUUACAUGGCACCGUAUUGCGCCCAGCUUCGUUUACUCGAUUUUUUAACCAAUGAGAUUGAGACGUUUUUUAAACCGCCGACGAAAUUCUGAGUGACAAAUUAAACGCGUUGUAGGGCUACUGCGGCCCCCGGCUGCGGCCCCGUAGAGCAUGGACGCGUGAGAGGACUGCCAGGCCUAGCUUUCUGAACAGUGCUGCUGCUGACAUACAAGCUGACAGACUUAACCUGUGCUUGCAACAUCUGUAAACAGAAAUAGUUGGAAGUGUGCUCCGCGUUCCCACUAGGCCUACAUCUUGUUCAUCAUUUGGUAUGGCAGUGAGCGUGAGGAAAGGGCUUGUAUAAAUUCUGAUUCUGCAUUACAACGAUAUUACUACUAUUGUUAUUAUUACUAUUAUUAUUAUUAUGAUCGUUAUUAUUGUUUACAACGAAACGGAAUUUAAAGCGAACCAUGGUCGCAGUGCCGUAUUGCGAUCGGAUGCUCAUAAACACAGCGUGUGAUGUAAAAUAGCAGUAGAUAUAGGCCUACAUGUUCUCCUGGCUGCAAUAAACGUGAGUAGUGACAUGUGAGAGUACGACGUUGAGUGUACUCAUGCGUGCGUCGGUCAAGCCUUGCGCGUCUUAUGUCUCGCGAUGGCGUUCGCUGGAGGCUGAAGCUCAUGUAUAUACGGAUUACGCGUAGCUGGGUGCGCUGCUUCACUCGAUGCGUUACCGACGGGGAUCAGCUCGUCCGUGGAUGUCGUCCGUAUUUAGUACGGUGUGUAGUUAUAUAUUGCUCAUGCGUAGCGAGCAUUCACGCAAUCAUAUCAAACCCCGCUAGUGUUCACGUGACUGGUGGUGGCAUCACGUGCUGUGAUCAUGAUAUAUAUGAUCACAUAUGAUCACCAUAUGUCGUGAGAGCUGUGCUAUUACUCGGCAUAACGAGCUUACAAAAGUAUACAUUUACGUCGUAAUGUUAU